CGCAUCGCGACGAUGCGGCGCCUGAUGGAUGAGUCUAACAUAUCGAUUCUUAACCUCGUUUGAUUGUGACCGCGUGUUGUUCGGUGCUGUUACGGUUUACGAAUUUACAAACAUUACACACAGGCAUAUUGCAUUAACCGCAAUACUAAAAAUCUCAAAAAAAUCAACAUGGUUUUAAAUCCGACUACAAAACAAAGAGUAGCCAUCGUUUUGAAUGUGACCAAAUUCGUAUUUCAAUGGGGUUUUAUUCCUGCCGUUCUCUUUCUAGGAUUCAGCAAGGGUGCAGAUCCAGGCAUGCCUGAAUUAACCCUUAUGAACUUAUUGUGGCAGUAAGUUUCUCCCCUGUCAAGCAUGUUUAUUUUGAAAGAAAUCAUGGGUAUCAUUGAUGUUACAUUUAUUUAAAAUUAUAAACAUUACCAACUAUCAGAACGAUGGACUGUAUCUUAAUAAGUAAAUAAAUGUUACGUUGUUAAUU